CCUUUCUGCGUGAUCCCACUCGAUUUCCUCGAAGGAACUGCGCCGGUUCCAGCCGAUGCCCUGCCUUUAUUUGAACCCCCGUCUUUCCAUUCCAUCUCUAUCUGCCAUCGACUGACCUCUUCCUAGUUGGUUUGCUACGACGUCGGAUAGUCAUGGCGCGGCGGCCGGUGGAGUUCGAGGACUUCCUCCCCCUCAUGGCGGACAAGCUCGGCGAGGAUGGCCUCAUGGAGGAGCUCUGUAAUGGCUUUCGCCUUCUCAUGGACCCUCGCCGCCGGCUCAUCACCUUCGACAGCCUCAAGCGCAACGCCGGCCUGCUGGGUCUCGAUGGCCUCCGGGAUGACGAGCUCCGGGCGAUGCUCCGGGAGGGCGACACCGACGGCGACGGCGCGCUCAAUCAGUGGGAGUUCUGCGUCCUCAUGGUCCGCCUCAGCCCCCAGCUGAUGGACGCGCCCCGCCGGUGGAUGGACCAGGCAUCCCGAGAGGCCUUCGGCCCUGGAUUCAUGAGCUAAGCCCGAUUCCUCUUCCUCCUCCGCCGCCUUUGCCUCCUCAGAUAUUUUGCUCCUCUCUUUUCAGAUUCUCUGUUCUUCUUAUCCAGAACCGAGCCAUCAUUUGGGCAGUGGUGGGAUUAGCCAGUGUUUGAUGGGCUGAUACGAAUUGAUUGGAUUUCGAUGUUCAUGUGCUAAUGUAAUUGAAACUUGAAAUUUCAACAGUAAAUGAAGCUUCUUGGAUAGCAAA